GAAAGGACAACGUACUAAGGAAAUAAAAUCUUUUUACACAGAAACUAAACAACAGAAGACAUGGCAUUUAAAUUUAUAACACUUGUUUCUCUUAUUGCUGUGGUUAAUGCUGGGUUAUUGCCAACUGCAGUUGUCCAAUCUCCAAUUCUUCAGCGUCUGGAUCAACCAAUUUUGACGAAACAACUGGAUGAGUACGAUCCAAAUCCACAAUAUUCUUUCUCAUACAACGUUCAAGACAGCUAUACUGGUGAUGUCAAAAAUCAACAGGAAACCCGAUCGGGAGAUAAUGUUCAAGGUCAAUACUCGCUAAUCGAUGCUGAUGGAUUCAAACGUACUGUUGACUACACUGCUGAUUCAAUAAAUGGAUUUAAUGCCGUUGUUGUUCGAGAACCAUUGAAGGGAGCGAUUGUGCAGCCAGCAUUGAAAUCAAUUGUUUCCCAACCAAUUCUUAAAUCGUAUGUAGCACAGCCAGCGUAUGCAGCUCCAGCAACAUUUGUAUCCAAACCAGCUUUUGUGGCACAGUCAAGUUAUAUUCAACCAAUUCUUAAAUCGUACGCACAACCAGCUUAUGGAGCUCCAGCAGCAGUUAUAUCACAACCAGCUGUUGUUGCACAGUCAAAUUACAUUCAGCCUGCUUACAGAUCAUUAGUUAUUUCUUACACUUGAUGACUGUCAAAUUUGUGUCGAAUUUUCGUCAGCUGACUAUUAACACAUACUGAUUACUAAUACGUCUGGACAAUAAAUCAUCCGACUAUAAACCACUUACAUUGGGUGUAUUGGUCACAGAUUUGACAUUCGUAAAAUGUAAAUUUGAAAGUUGUUAUUCGAAUCGUGUGAUCGUUGAUCAGUAAAAUCGAUCACCAGAUUUUAGCGAAAAAAUAAAUUAGAAAAUUUUAAGAUGGUUAAAAACAAUUCAAAAUAUUUAAAAUGAAAACCAAAAAACUUCGCACACAAAACACUC